UCCAAUUUGUAUUUUUUUUUUUUUAUUUUAUUUUAACCGCAAUAGCAGUGCGAAUUUUAAGAUUGGUAUCAGAAAAAUGUUUGUUAAUAAUUUUUCAGGAGCUCGGCUUAGCGAUUAAGCCAGAACAGAUCGCUGAAAUGGAAGCUCAUGUGGACGAUAUCGACUUCGAGGCUGCUGCCAAAGAAGAAAAAGCGACGAGGCACGAUGUGAUGGCGCAUGUUCAUGUUUUAGUGAACAAUGUCCCCUAGCUGCGCCUAUUAUCCAUCUUGGUGCUACCAGUUGCUACGUGGGCGAUAAUACAGAUCUCUUAGUGCUCCGUCAAGGUUUCGACAUGUUGCUUUCAAAAUUAGCCAGCGUAAUCCAGCGUCUCGCAAAAUUCGCUCGUGAAAAUCGCAGUCUGCCCACUUUGGGCUUUACUCACCUUCAACCCGCGCAAUUAACGACAGUCGGCAAAAGGGCAACGCUCUGGUUACAGGACUUGCUGAUGGACGAGAGAGCUAUCCGUCGCGCCAGGAAUGAUUUGAGAUUCCGCGGGGUUAAAGGCACUACCGGCACUCAAGCGUCUUUUCUUCAACUCUUUAAUGGCAAUAAAGAGAAGGUAAAGCAAUUGGACGCUCUCGUGACUAAAAUGGCUGGUUUCGAGAAAUAUUACACUGUCACCGGACAGACCUACAGCAGAAAAGUUGACAUUGAAUGUUUGAACGUUUUGAGUUCACUCGGUGCAACUGUUCACAAGGUGAGCCCCUUGAAAUGAUGCAGUUGUAUCCAUAUUAGUUAUGUAACCAUAUGACUUGAGAGAUUGAUCAUCCAUCUUGUCUUCCUUUAUGAAGUCAUUGCAAAAUCUUGA